CCCUUCAUGUGAUCUGCAGAAACCUUGGAGACACCCAGAGCAGCAGUGUUUCUCCCUGCACUAAACAAGCUUCAGGACAAUGGAUACAUUGAAUAAAGCAAACACAAGCUUUGCUCUUGACUUUUUCAAACAGCAGUGUCAGGAAGAUGAUCGCAAGAAUAUUUUGUUCUCUCCUUGGAGUAUUUCAUCUGCCCUGGCUACUGUUUAUUUGGGAGCCAAAGGCAAUACAGCAGAUCAGAUGGCACAGGUACUUCACUUUAACAAAGCUGAAGGAGCCAAAAAUGUCACCACAACCAUAAGAAUGCAUGUCUACUCCAGAACAGAAGAGAGUCUAUCAAAUCGACGUGCAUGCUUCCAGAAGACAGAGAUUGGCAAAUCAGAUAAUAUCCAUACUGGAUUUAAAGCACUCAGCUUUGAAAUCAACCAACCCACUAGAAACUACCUACUUAAAAGUGUUAACCAGCUAUAUGGAGAAAAAUCAUUGCCUUUCAGUAAGGAAUACUUAUUUUUAGCCAAGAAGUAUUACAGUGCAGAGCCACAAUCAGUCGACUUUGUGGGAGCAGCAGAUGCAAUCAGGAGAAACAUCAAUUCCAGUGUUGAACAACAGACUGAAGGUAAAAUCCAGAAUCUGCUGCCUCCUGCAUCCGUAGAUUCACUCACCAGGCUAGUCCUGAUAAAUGCACUCUACUUCAAAGGAAACUGGGCAACAAAGUUUGAAGCUGCAGCUACCAGGCAAAGGCCUUUCAGAAUAAACAUGCAUACAACUAAAACAGUGCCCAUGAUGUAUCUGAGGGAUAAAUUUAACUUAAACUACAUAGAAUCAGUUCAGGCUGAUGUUCUUGAGCUUCCAUACGUCAAUAACGACCUCAGCAUGUUCAUCCUUCUACCAAGUGACAUCUCCGGCUUACAAAAGCUAGAAAGAGAAUUGACUUUUGAAAACUUGUCUACAUGGACAAAUCCAGAACUAAUGGAGAAAAUGAACAUGGAAGUUUAUCUGCCCAGGUUCACGCUAGAAGAGAAAUAUGACCUCAAAUCAACUUUGAGCAGGAUGGGGAUACAAGAUGCCUUCACAGAAGGUCAAGCUGAUUUCACAGCAAUGUCCAAGACUGGUGAUCUGUUUUUGUCACAGGUUUUCCACAAGUGUUACCUGGAAGUCAAUGAAGAAGGCACAGAAGCAGCAGCUGCCAGUUCAGCAACACUGGCAUCACGAAGUCUUGGUGCUACUGUUAUCUUUCUGGCAGAUCACCCUUUCCUCUUCUUUAUCAGACACAAUAAGACCAAUACUAUCCUCUUCUUGGGAAGGUUUUCUUCCCCCUAG